CAGAAGAGAUUUCAGAUAUUGCUAAUGCUGAUAUUCUCGAUCAUAAAAUGGCUGAGCAUCUUGAAAAUAGCUUCAAAAAAAGUUUAAAUAAAAUACAUGCUUUAAGGCAAUACCAUAUAGCAGAGUGUUAUGAGCAUCCAUCCGAAUCUUUAACUGAGGAGUUUAUCACAGAAUAUACUGUUGAAGCCAUUACACAUGAAGAUUUUAGAGAUGAUAAACUCACAACUGUCAUUCGAGCUGAGAAACAUCAAAUUUGUCUAGAAUUAUUGAAGAUAUGUAUGCCUGUUAAAGAUAUUGAUAAUCGGAAUAGAUAUAUAGCUGAUAUUGUUAAAUCGUGUUUAGAAUCAUCUGAUGCUAAAAAAUCUGGUUUAAAAUCAGAUAAAGUGAAACUUGUAAGUACAUUUGAUAAAGAAAGUGCCUCAAAGUUGCUACCAUACCAAACAGGUGAAGGACAAUUCUAUGAAAAUAGUGAGGAUUUACGUUAUGGGUAUAGUAAACUCUCAUCUGAUGAAUUAGAGAUUGCUUCUAGUUCUGAUAUACAGUUGCAUCAAGAAUUGUUUGAUAUCAUUUAA